AUGGGCGGUUCCGUGAGUGGCGCCGUUGCGGCAACAAAAUGUUGCCAGGUUUGCGACCCGAACAACGAGCAUUCACUCGAGGUGGAUUCCACAGAGGAGUUUGCGGCCAGACCCUGGAAUGAUGAGAGCCUGGUCGCCACAGGUGCGCGGCAAGGACAGACCUUGUUGGACACCCUUCAAGGAAAGUGGUACCGAAAGGAAGAUGGCCAGCCAGUUGGUCACAUAUCUGGAGCCUACUUCAUCUGGAAUCCCCGGUGGAAAUUUGCGGAAGUGGUAUCACCCAUUUUCGAGGAUCUCUCAGGAGCCCUGGUGAUUGAACUAGAGAACCAGCUCCACUUCGGUCGGCCUUUCUUCGGCCCUGAGACCUUGAUCAGCUGGGGUGACGGGUUCUUCAUGGCUUUCAUGCCGGGUGGCACGGACCAGGCAUGUCCAUAUACCUACACGGCGGACAUUGUCAUUGCAAUGAAUCCAUACCGUUGGUUUCCGGAGCUGUACACAGAUGAGAAGAGAAAGGAAUACCUCGUUUUUGAGCGUCCGAAACUGGAUUUUGAUGGCCCACUUGGCCUUCAUGGCUGCGCAGCUGCAAAAACUGGCUUGCACGACAAGGAUACAUCGCACAUCAAGCGAAUCGUGGAGUCGAACCCUUUGCUUGAGUCCUUUGGCAACGCGCAAACAGUGCGCAAUGACAACUCAAGCCGGUUCGGCAAGUUUAUUGAGUUGCAGCUCAACGAAAGUUGCCGACUGGAAGGUUCCAAAUGCAGGACCUACCUGUUGGAGAAAUCACGAGUGGUUGGUCAGGAUUCCGGCGAGCGGAAUUUCCAUAUCUUUUAUCAGAUGCUUGCAACUGACGCAGAGACUCGCGCAGCGAUUGGCCUUGGCAACACCUCAUGGUCCCGUGAUACCCUCAGAUACACCAGCAUGGGCGCUUCCAAAACCGACACCAUCGAAGGAAAGAGUGAUGCGGAACGUUUUCAUGGCACUGUAUCAGCUCUGGCCCUACUUUCCAUCGAUGGGGACAAACUCAACCGCUUGCUACGAACAUUGGCAUCGGUGCUGCUUCUUGGGCAGCUGGAGUUCACGGGCAGCGAGGAGUCUUCUCAACUUGCAGGCUCCGAGCACGCUGCCGCUGCUGCUGAGGUACUGGCUGUGGAUGUUGGCGAGCUUGAGCGCGCUCUUACACACCGCACGCUUCGUAUGCGGAACGAAGUCGUUGUAAAGCAGCUCCCUCCGUCAAGCGCGACCGGCAACCGUGAUGCGCUUGCAAAGGAGAUUUACGCACGAGUGUUUGAUUGGCUGGUGGAUCAAAUCUGUCUUGCAACUGGAGCGCCACCUGAGCGCGCUCGGAGCUUUGUCGGUUUGUUAGAUAUCUUUGGAUUUGAGUCCUUCGCCAUCAAUCGCUUCGAGCAGCUUUGUAUUAACUAUGCUAACGAGAAACUGCAGCAGAAGUUCACCCAUGAUGUCUUCAAGGCUGUGCAGCAGGAAUAUACUGCUGAAGGGAUCCCUUGGGAUCGCAUUGAAUUCAAAGACAAUGCUCCGAUUUUGGCUUUGGUCGAGUCCAAGCUGGGUAUCGUGGCCAUGCUGAACGAAGAGUGCGUUCGGCCAAAGGGCUCCAACCAGAACUUUGUCUCAAAGCUUCUCUCGGUACACAAAGAGGAUCCAGCUUUCUCCGUGCCCAAACUUGGCAAGAUGAGAGAGCUGCAAUUCUGCAUCCGCCACUACGCUGGCGAGGUGAUGUACACAGCAGAGGGCUGGCUAGACAGGAACAAUGACGCUGUUUCAGAGGAUGUUAUCAGCUUGAUGCGUGGCUCGGGAAACGAGCUCUUGGCAUCGCUUUUUACAGAGGAGUCCAAAGCAAAGCGGGACACCGUAGUUACGAAGUUCAAGACGUCUCUGUCCCAACUGAUGGAAACCAUCGGGCAGACGAGCACCCAAUAUGUCAGGUGCAUCAAGCCCAACCAGAACAAGUCACCCAAAGAGGUCAACAAUGCAGCACAGCGGCCAGAGUUGCGCUGCGCAGGCGUCAUAGAAGCCAUCCGCAUCUCUCGAGCAGGCUUCCCUGCAAGGAUGCCCUUGAAGGAUUUCUCUCAACGCUUCCUCUUGCUGGUGCAGACCUACUCUGCAGCCUCUUUGGCACGUCACGCAGAGAAAGCUGCAAUAGCGCGUGGUGGCGACGAUGCUUCGACAUGCCGAAAGCUGCUCGGGGCGUUGGUGAAAGUUGAGGAGAAGUACCAGGUCGGCCGUACUCGCGUCUAUUUCAAGAGUGGCGUUCUGGAGUCAUUGGAAGAGAGACGCGCUCUUCUGAUGCAAGCCGCGGCAGUUGAGCUCGGGCGCUUAGUUGGCCAAAUACAGCCGCUGGCGCGAGUGGUGCGCGGUCACCAGGUGAAGAAGCAGUUCCGACAAAUGCAGCAAGUUGCGAGGUGCACGCAAUCCAUGUGGAGGAUGACCGUGGCUAGAGCAGUUGCUCGAUCAAGUUGGUCUCUGGCACACCCUGGUUCCUCGCGGCAGCGUAUUUGCAAAGCCAUGGCAAACCCCACCGCGACUUUUGAAACCACAAUGGGAACCUUCACCUGCGAGCUGUUUCUUGACCGAGUUCCACGCACCGUUUCGAACUUCGUGGAUCUUGCUCAGUCUGGCUUCUACAAUGGCAUUCACUUCCAUCGAGUUAUCCCGGGCUUCAUGAAUCAGUUCGGCUGCCCCUACGCGAAGGAUCCCAAGUCAUCUCGUGCCGGCACCGGUGGACCACCGGAUGGAACGUUCAAGAAUUUGAAGACAGGAGCAACAGAGACACGAACCAGGGGUGGCAACAUCCAGGAUGAAAACAUCUCCAGGGACAGCAACAAGCCAGGCACCCUCUCCAUGGCUAACACGGGUGAGCCCAACACCGGAGGGUCCCAGUUCUUCAUCAACGUGGCGCACAACAGUUUCCUGGAUUGGUUUGACAACUCCAGCCCCUCGCAGCACCCAGUCUUCGGCCAGGUGACUUCCGGCAUGGACGUGGUUGAAGCAAUCUCCAAGGUGCAGACGCGCGAUGACAACCCCAUCAAGCCUAUCAUGAUGAACAAGAUCACCAUUUCCUGUCAGACGAAGCGUCGAGCACUCUUGGCAGCAAGGAGGCUGCAGGUAUUGCGCCGCGAGAAGGCUGCCACAGUGGUGCAGGCUGCCUGGCGCCGGCGGGGCGCAAUGCUGGAGCUGGCAUUAGCACGCAAGGCAGCUGUUCGCGUACAGGCCUUGGCCAGGCAAUGGCUUUGUAGAAGACACUACUUGGCAAGCCUGGCAGAGUUCAAGGAGCAGGCCAAGCUGGAGAAUCAGGUGAAAGCCCUCAAGGCCAAGCUCGAGGCACAGGAGCGUGCGGCUGCCAACGCAACUUCAGCUACUUCUUCAGAGGCCACACAGGCACCAGCCGAAAUUCUUGAAGCGCUUCAAGCUUUGGCUGCCGAGAAUGCCAAGCUCCACAUGGAGAUUGACAAAUUGCGUGCUGAGAACGACAAACUCCGUCGCCAGAAUCACCAGCUGCGUGCCUCGGAAACCACACGGGGUGCCUGGCUACAAUCCUUCACUCGCUCCAAAAAGCACAUGGAAGAUGACCGCUCAGUUGGCAGAGACAAUGCUUCAGAAUGUGACAAAGAGGAUCAUGCAGCCCUCACCCCUCGAGCUGUUGGGGCGAUGCCGUCAGAUGGCGCCCAGCAUCAAGUUCUGUCCCUUCAAUUGUAUCCACCACUGAACGAGUUCUGGGAGGACGUGCCUUGCAAAGGCAUCCCGUACUUGCAGACUGGCUCGCUUGUACACAUCAAGAUGGGUCCCAACAUCCUCUUGGUGGAUCUGCACGGCAAGAGCCUUGUGUGGCAGGCCUGGAUGUGCAACCAUACAGGCUACCGCAGCAGUAUGGGAUUCAUCGUGGAACGUUGCAUCGAGCAGAAGCCGAAGCAAAAGCGAUUUUCUUUAAUGGGCAGCUCUCCAAAGGACGAGCGGGCAUGCCAAGAGGGCAGCAUCGGCGAGGCGUUUGUUCUCCGAUCGAGUUGGACAAAGAAGUACGUCAAAAUCGGCGGGCUUCUGGAUUGGUACGCUUUACAAGUUUCAGGUCGCAGUGCUGAUGAUGCGGCUGUGUUCACUCACAGGCCUUUGAACUGUGGGGGCGCUGGCAAUGAGUCAUACAGCUUUGCUUUGAGACUGCACGGGAAGGACAAAUACCUCAGCCUGCAGCCGGAUGGUUCAGUUUCUGUGGACAAAGUAUCCGACGACUCCCUACCUGGCAACCACAGCCUCAUUGCGGGCUUUGAGUGCUUGCUGCCUGCCACGUCUUACGACAUAGUCAUCUACGAGCAGCAGAUCGGUCUGACUGUGAGCAAGGACCUGCCGCUGCGAGUGGUUGGCUUCAAAAACGUUGUACAGAACUCAGGGCGACCUCCAGAGGCAGGCCCUGCAGAAGCAAGUGGCCGUGUGCGGGUGGGUGACGUGAUCACAUCAGUGAAUGGACAGGACGUGACAAAAUGGGAGCGUCCGGCUGUCCUGGGCCUCAUAAAUGAAAGACGGCCGGUCACCCUGCGGUUUCUUUCGAUCGAUCCCACAUGA